GACGGCUGACUGUUGCUUUCGGCGUGCGUCCUUGCGCGCCGCUAUUGGCCGAAGAGGAGGGAAAUGCACCCAUGCGCUUCGUGCUGUGGGCGGGUAGAAAGCUUGUUUAUAACCUCCACGUCUCCGGCGAUGGGCGGGAACAGCAGCCACGGAGUGGAGUGAGAGUGAAGGAGGACGAAGAAGACGCCAGGCAGUGGCAGGCACCAAGCUGUAGCGGCGGCGGUGGCGGCGGGGUCCGCGGAGGGGGCGAGGCGGCCGUCCCUGGAUGCGUAGUGAGCCGCGCAUGGACGACCACCUGAGCCUCCUGCGAUCACCCCCACCGAGCGUGUGCAAAACACGGGACGACAACCUGGUGAACCACGGCUACACCGAGACGGAGCAGGACGUCAUGACGGUUGCGGCAUGUGACAACAUGUUGGAGGAGUCGGCGGCUCUCCCCGGCCACCACUCUCUGGAUCGAUACGAGCCGGACCACGAGUGCUGCGAGAGGGUGGUCAUCAACAUAUCCGGCUUGCGCUUCGAGACGCAGCUCAAGACGCUCUCGCAGUUCCCGGAGACCCUGCUGGGGGACCCCAAGAAGAGGAUGAGGUACUUUGAUCCCCUGAGGAACGAGUACUUCUUCGAUCGGAACCGACCCAGUUUUGAUGCCAUUCUGUAUUACUACCAGUCAGGAGGGCGCAUCAGGAGACCCGUCAAUGUCCCCAUUGACAUCUUCUCCGAGGAAAUUCGCUUCUACGAGCUGGGCGAGGAGGCUAUGGAGAAGUUCCGGGAGGAUGAGGGCUUCAUUAAGGAGGAGGAGCGGCCCUUGCCGGAGAAUGAGUUCCAGAGACAGGUGUGGCUGCUGUUUGAGUACCCGGAGAGCUCAGGACCGGCGCGGGGCAUCGCCAUAGUCUCCGUCCUGGUCAUCCUCAUCUCCAUCGUCAUCUUCUGCUUGGAGACGUUGCCUGAAUUCAGGGACGAGAACCGCGAUUCAAUCCCUAUGGCGCCGGUGAUUAACGGCACCCUGCCCUAUUUCAUCAGCCCCUUCUCAGACCCCUUCUUUGUGGUGGAGACGCUGUGCAUCAUCUGGUUCUCCUUCGAGCUCCUGGUGCGCUUCUUUGCGUGUCCGAGCAAAGCCACGUUCUCCAAGAACAUCAUGAAUAUUAUUGACAUCGUGGCCAUCAUCCCGUACUUCAUCACUCUGGGGACGGAGCUGGCGGAGCGACAAGGCAAUGGACAGCAGGCCAUGUCGCUGGCCAUCCUGCGCGUCAUUCGCCUUGUCCGCGUCUUCCGCAUCUUCAAACUCUCGCGUCAUUCCAAAGGCUUGCAGAUUUUGGGUCAGACCCUCAAGGCCAGCAUGCGAGAAUUGGGUCUGCUCAUCUUCUUCCUCUUCAUCGGCGUCAUCCUCUUCUCCAGCGCCGUGUACUUCGCGGAGGCCGACGACCCAGACUCGGGAUUCAACAGCAUCCCGGACGCUUUCUGGUGGGCCGUUGUCACCAUGACCACCGUCGGCUACGGGGACAUGCAUCCCGUCACCAUAGGGGGCAAGAUCGUGGGCUCUUUGUGCGCCAUCGCCGGCGUGCUGACCAUCGCGCUCCCUGUGCCAGUCAUCGUGUCCAAUUUCAACUACUUCUACCACCGGGAGACAGAAGGUGAAGAGCAGGCCCAGUAUCUGCACGUGGGCAGCUGUCAGCCUCUGCCCGAGCCCGAGGAACUGAGGAAGACGCGCUCGUCUUCAUCGCUCAGCAAGAGCGAGUACAUGGUGAUAGAGGAACAUGGCAUCAACAGCGCCUUCAAGCAGCAGCCAAACUUUCCUACCAGCACUCUGAACAACUCGCAGAACUGCAUCAACAUCAACAAGAAGAUCUUCACCGAUGUGUAGUCGGUUCUGGUGUCACGCCCGUCAAGAGAGGACGGGCCAAGGGUCGGAUGUCGUGGAAGCUGCAAGAUCAGUGAGGGGUUAAAAAAAAAGAGAGAGAGAGAGCAAGUCCCGUCGACUCAGAAAAUUAGUUUCAGUCCUUACAAUUAAAAAACAAACAAAUUAAAUAAAAUCACGUAUACGGAGAAAAGGCACUCCAUAAAAGCCUGCAAUAGAAAGCGAACCCGUUGUAGCCGCUAAGGGAAGCUUUAAAACUGUGAAAGACUACAAAUGUAUACUCCAAUGACUUUCACCUUGUAUUAACCAGAGUUGUGAUUCGUCAGUCGUAGCCGAUGUGCAUUAUCCAGGAUCGUUUCGAUGUGUUCAAUGUGUCUUUAAACAUACGUAGUAUUUGAAAACAAAAACCAAGUCGACAUAUAUCUAUUAGACUGUGCUAUGCCUUUAUCAUGCGUUAAAGUCUAGUCCAAAGUGCUAUGUGUUAAAAAUCAACCCCCGUCUAGAGUAGAGGCUUUUAGCCGUGCCGCGUGGGGCCAGUGGACCACCACGCUGUGUCUCAUCACCCACUCAAGACACAUGUGAGACAAAGAGAGGCAGAGCUCUUCCACGCGCACACGCGCGCUUCUCUUUGGAUGCCUCAAAUAUAGCCUGCUGUGAUGCAAUCUCCAUGGCGACGGCCGUUUCCAGGGCAACCCCAACCACCGUUGCCAUGGCGCCCCUGUUUCCACAGAAACCUCCCAGAUGGCUUGGAAAGCUAUAUUGAAGAUUAGCAUCUGAAUAGCACGUCUUCAAGGACAGCUGUUGAUGACGUUAGGUGUGUUUGCGCGUAAACACCAACGCGCUCAUCGAAAUUCGACUGUGAUGAUCCAAAUGGUGCCAACUUUAAUUAUUGGACCAGUCUCAAACCAAGGAGGUGGAUGGAUAGGGAGGCGUCCUUCAAGGAAUUCUGAAUGGACUGUCUGGUUAUCCUGGUUGCAAUACUGAUAGCGCCCAGCAGGAGUUGCUCUUUACCCACCGAUGGCACCGUUUCUCAGGUGGAAGCUGUCCAGGCCGCCUGGAAGACUUGAUGCUCCCUCGUGGACUGUCUCUCGUGCAGGGAUCUAAGACAGUAUUUCUGCGGACCAAAUGGAGUAAACUUGAUUGACAAAGAAUUCCCCCUGGAGGAGAAUUUCCGUCUCUGCCUUCUCGCUGGCGUCCUCUUACUCGGUGCCUAUAUAGAAGCUCCACCCUGCCACUUGAUCAUCUUGCAGACCAAAAGUCAGGAAAAUCGCAAGAAUUAUCCAAAAAACAAACAAAAAAAACAUCAGUACAAUUGAUGACAUUUUUUUUCCUAUUGAACGCUCCAACAAAAUAAGAGGCCAAACUUUUUGAGUGAUAAGAAACUGUGAUACAAAUGAAAGACUGUUAACCACAUGCCUUUGUUAGCUCGGUGUGCUCUGUAUUGCUAACAUUUAAACUACAUGUAUGUUACAUAUGAUGUCUGCUGCUAUUCCCCAGGCCUGAAUGAUUAAAAAAAAAAAAAAAGUGCACGCAGCACAGACAUGCAAGCACACAAAGCUCGCAUCUGUCCUUGAGUGCUCUGCUGCAGAAUGUUGGCAAGGGGAGGCUGCGUAUGUCACUAUUUGUUCUAUGUUACUCUGUGCUGUCUUUAAACAUGACCCAUUUAACCA